AUGAGCGGGGGCCUAUUCGCCAAUACCCCCUCCCUCAGAACUGAGUUCAAGCUUCUGCAGCCGAAGUCCCCCGCAAAAGAGUCGCAGAAGCUGGGCUAUUCUGCCGGAAUCCCCGUGGAGAAUGACUUAUUCAAGGGUUCUUCUGCCCGUUCCCCUGGUGGUCUUCACAUGCCCUUGAAGUGUGAAAUGAAAAGCCUCAACGUUGCGCUUCUUCAUUUUAUCCAUUUUAGCCUUCAGAGUAACUCUAUCGGGAAUAUCAACCGUAUUAAAACAUACGCAGCCGACCGAGUCGGCCUGGAAUCUUUGUUACAACCUCUUCCGCAGGAGAGGGGACUCUUCACUUGCGACCCCAGCGGCCAUGCAGACUCUGAGGCCAUUCGCCUGGUGAAACCAAUCCGGAGGGAGAACACCAUCAUGAGCCACCAGCUGCACCGCUACUUCCGCAUGCCGUUGACUCUGCGCCAACCUACCCUUGCCGAUACCAGUCUCGCCGAGCUCAUGGCGCGCGGCUCUUCUCUGCCAUCUAUGACCGUCUUCUUCGAUCAUUCUGACCUGUUGGGUCUCUGCCUAGAGGGUGAUGGGCGGCAAGAAAAAGAUGGAAUGCUGGAACGCGGACGGAUUGGUGCGACAAUCUUGAUCAGGAGUCUAUGGGAAAGGGCCUGGCGCCAUCAUAAGAGUGACAAUUAA